AUGGAACAUCAGUUUGCGCUGGAAAGAUCUGCCACGGAACUCAGGUGUGAUCAGAAGUGUGUCUCACUCAUCCGGAAAAAAAAGGUGGAAAUCGGGUGCCGGACUGGUUCUUGGUGUCCAGUGUGGCAAGUGUGGCGGCCGUGUGGCGGUCUCAGCUUGGAUCACCCUGAACUCCAGGAUCUGCAGAGAGGCAAGGCCGAUCCGGUGGAAAGUGAAGAUAGAGAUCAACUUGAGGCGGAUGAACUUGAGAACGAUGAGGAGGGUGAGAUCCUGUACUUUGGCGGAGUUUCACAAGAGAGGAAAGAACCAGAGGAGACUGAAGCCAUGCAAAUUGCCUCCCGCAUCAACGAGGCGCUUGCUCUGCGACGCGUCGCGCAGUCCCAGCCUGUCGAAACGGGCCCCGUUGAUACGGCCUGGUACGAUGAGCUUGGCGUUCUCCCAAACGCCACCAGCGAGCAGAUUCGUCUGAAGUAUCUGGAAAUCGCUGAAACCGUGGAGGAAGAUUUGGCCUACCUCUUGGAACAAGGUGAGGGUGGCUCCUACCAGGCGCAACUUGAAGCCAGAGAUGACGAGGAAGAUGACGAGUACAGCUGGACUCGAUGGGAGGACGAAGGCGAAGACGCCAUCACCCUGCAGCCCAAGAGUGACAUUAUGGAGGCCCCAGAAGAGGGUGGCCCAGAAGAGGAAGCUGAGAUUUUGGCGCAAGAGUUCUACCGGGUGUCCAACCUCUACCAGAUUCUCUCCGUCCCUUCUUUGCGGAAGAUCUAUGAUGAGGGUGGCGUCGAAGGUCUUGCGAUGCGGGUGCCGGCAUUGUCCAAGGGACUCCUGGAGCCCGAGCGAGUCCUGAAAAUGGCUCAGGGGAUCAAGACCCCGACCAAACAGAGAGAAAGCCUUUUGCUCCGUCGUGAGCCCCGCAUCCAGACCUUCCGCAGAUACCAGGGGAAGAAUUCCAUCCGCCAGGUGCUGCGCCGAAUCACGGACUGCAUCCGAGUGUGGUGCUUCAAGAGCAGUGAGAGCUUAAAAUUUCGAAGGAACACCAUCUACGAGGAGCUUCCAGAGGUAGCGGUCUUUGGCCGAGUGAACUCUGGGAAGUCGGCAAUGCUGCAGCACUUGUUCAGUGCGACAAGCCCAAGGAAGAAUGGCCAUUUCUCAAUCUCGCAGAGACCUGGCAAGACAAAGGGAAUCCAAGUGUACUGCAUGAACCGCCGCUUCACCGUGGCAGAUAUGCCCGGCUAUGGGCAAGCUGCCCUGCAGACAGAGGAAGCAGCGGCUGUACAUGAGAAGUGGAAUGGGCAGUGGAAAAACGUGAUCAAGGACUAUCUCAAUACCACGCAUUGGUUGAGAGCGGCCAUUUACGUUCACGAGAUCUCCAAGGAUGUUGUCAAGGAAGAUCUCGAGACGAUCCAGAUGCUGAGGAAAAUGAAGAUCCCCAUUCUGCUGGUCUUCACCAAGGAUGACAAGGCCCUGAAGGAGUUCCGACGUCGGGUCUUCCCGGAGAAGCGCCACCUUUCCUAUGGGUCAUCAUCAUUGCAGCUGCUGUGCUAUGGUGGCUGUGGCCAUGGCUGGAACGUGGAAAAGGAGAAAGAGGAGGUCAAGGAAGUCCCAGAGGAGGCUGUCAUGAGGCCAGAUCUGGGUUUCGAUCCCGAAGAGACCUUCAAUGAGAACUAUGCGGAAGCAUGUGACCUGCUUCAGCACAUCCUAUCUGUUCCACCCAUGGGUGAAAAGUUCACCGCAGCUGUGUCGGGCUUACAUUCCUUGGCGAAUAUCCUGGAUCGCCUUUUUCAAGCCUGGGCAGAUGAAAAAGAGAAAUUUUCGCAGAUCAAGGAAGACAGCGAUGCCUUCCUCAAGAGCUUUGGAACGUCCGACAGCGCCUUGCGGAAACUCCUGGCGCAUGCGGGCUUCCAACGGCAGGUGACAGAAUCUUCCAAGUCUGUCUGGUACUUCGAUCGACAAGAUCCUGAAAUCCGACUGAGAGGACUCACCGUCCGACUGUGUUUGCAGCGCUUCUCUGAACUACAGAGGCUGCGGGGCACCCAUCGCUGGGCCCAGUCCAACAACUCUGCGGUGGUUCCCAGUGCAGAUGCAUCGUUGUACGAGUUGCUGGAGCUGUACAAGGGCCCUGAUGCAGAGGGAGAACGACCUUCCAUUCGAGAACGAAACCUGGAAGCAGAAGUGCGUGCCAAGAUUCAGGAGCGCCGUGCCGAAGCUCAGCUCUCCGGGCUCACGUUGCACGAGGGUUUGGCGUCAGCAGCCAGGCGCCUGGCGCAGAGGCAGCGCGUGGGCGAACGACAGGGAAAAUCGCAGAUGACGAAGCUUCGCUCCAGCGAUGUGCGGGAGCUCUUGGCGAAGAUGCCAUUGCCACCAGGAUUCACUGCAGCACAGCUCUAUUUCCGCAGUACCGAGCUGCCAAGUAUCUUUGGGUUGACGAGCAGUACGGGAUCCGGUGCCACCCCGAUGGGUGGCAAGAAUGACGAGAAGGACAAGGACAAAGCGGCCGACAUCUUGGCCCGCGAAGCUGUUGGCUAUUGGGCCGUGCGACAAGCACAGGAUGUGGCAUGGCCAAGCGCCAGCCUCUGUGGUGUUGGCGCAGCCCUUGACUAUACUGUCAACCGCGGCUUCGUUGUAGCUUUGCUGAUCGGCUUUGAGGGAGCCACUGUGGAGGAGGCCUCGACCUCGCAGAGGAGUGCCAUGCAAAGCUUGCGACGGCGUCAGGCAGCGGCAAAGGAGGCGGCCAGCAAGGCCCAGCCCAGCGCUACGUUUGGUGCUCGGGUCCGGACAUUGGGAGCACCCACUGCCGAUGCUGUUCUGAAUCGCAAAUGCGCCAGUUGCAUUGGCCUAUGGACUGGCCGCACGCUCACUACACAACGCGACGAGGUGGGUACCAUGAUGCUGGGCCUCGUGGCCACUGAGCAGAGGGAAGAUGCCAUGGAUGCAUUGAAGACCGAGCUGCCUGACAUUUUCUGGGACUACCGCGACAAGUACAUUCCCAAGCCACGCAGCUUCUUUGGCAGAAAGGCUGCCAUCAAGAAGUCGCGAACAUACCCUGAUGAGGAUGUAGUCUACACCGAAGAAGAACUGGAAGAAGAAGAGGCACUGUGGACCUAUGGAGAAAUCGCUGAGAAGCGAGAGCUGAGGGCCUUGCGUGCCGAACGAAAGGCGCGGGGAGAAAGCAUCACCUUGGAAGACAAGGUGGAUGAUAUCAAGGGUCCGACUCUCUCACCCAAGGAGCGCCUGAAGAGAUGGGAAGACAUGCUUGAAGAAGCCAGGCGCAUGGAAACCGGACAGAAGUUGUGGCGGAUCCGGAUGCAGACCUUGUUUAGGUGUCUCCCGCAGCGUUUUGCAAAGUUGCAACGGCCCCAGAUGAAGGGCCGAACAGAAAAAUGUCCUCAGAAUAUCUCAGCUGCCUCUCUCAGAGACGCGCCAGAAAGCUCCGAAGCCAAACGCUGCCCCGUUUGCUUGGAAAGCGAUGGAGUCCAGGUUGUGUUGCCUUGCCAGCACGCGCUUUGCGGCGAAUGUUUGGUGAACUACGUGGAGAGUUUGGUAAAUCAAGGAAAGGUGGCGGCCGAACAGGUUGCCUGCCCCUUACCAGAAUGUCGACAUCCCGUGCCAAGCAAUGUCCUUCAGGCUCACUUAGAAGGCCACGAUGGAGAGAAGCUCUUCCAACGACUUCUGGAUUUUCAAGCGCAGCGUUUCGAACCAGAAGAUGGUGAACGCCUCUUGAAUUGUCCUACUCCCAACUGUGUCAAGAUGCUGGUGCCCUUAUCCUUGGUGGAACAGAGAGCCGACGUGAACUGCCCCCAAUGCAGGCAGAGUUUUUGCGCUGCGUGCACUCAACCAUCUCAUCUCGAGAGCUGUGAGGAAGCUGAACUGAAGCGAAUGGAUCCCGCCAUCCGCGAGUUAAUGAAGAAACAAAGCUGGAAGCGCUGCCCAGUUUGCCGACAUCUCUGUGAGAGAGAAAGCGGAUGUAAUUUCAUGACUUGCCCCUCUGAACAGUGCAAAGGUGAAACCUACUUUUGCUACCUAUGCGGUGAGCUCCUGGCUUCCUCAGACCACGCAGCGCAUUACGAAGGCUUCGAGGGAGCUAUUGGAUUGCGUGGACCUUUUGGUUCGGUUUGCAUGAACAAACGGGAGCCCGACAGCUCACUUCCUUCUCAGCCGUUGCCACCACGACUGAGUGUCGUCCGGGGUGAAGAGGAAGGCUCAAUAGCACUGCGGAUUACUUUCAGCGACCACAGGAGCGAACCACCUACCAUUUACUAUCGGAUUUGGCUGGCUGUGGCUGGCAGCAAGGAGGUGCGACGUUUGAGUGCACCCGCUCGGUAUCCGUAUUAUGAUGCGCCAAAAUCCUUGCCGAAGUACAUCCGAUAUCAAGCGACUGUUAUGCCUGUGAACGUGAAUGGUGAAGGUCCAGUUAGUGAACCCAGUGAGGUGGUGCACUUCCACCCCAGAGAGUUGAACCGAUCGCAGGACAAGGAAGCGCCCAUGCCGCGGAACAAGCGCUGGGUCACAAAGUGA